UAAAGAAGUAACGUUAGCAGUCAACGUCAGUCAACGGUUGAGCCGCUUCGACGUUAGCUGCUAUCCAGCUAACUUAGCUUUGGCAUAUUUACUGAGCAUUCACCAUCAAGUGUACGAGUCACAUUACUUUAACCCUUUACUUGGUUUUGAUAAAUAACAUAUCAGCGGUAUGUGUCUACAUAUUUAGCUUGGUGCUAAUAGUGAAGAAAAUGCUGACCUUAAUCUAGCGUUACUAUGAUGAAUAACGUUAUGUGAUUGAUUGAAACCCCCUAAUUUACCCCCUAAUGCUAACUAGCUAUUGUCAAUGGUUGACCUUUGUUGUCAAAAAUAGGCUCUUUCUGCUGGACCUGUUGAUUGAUUGAUGCUAACGCCUUUAUUUCUCCGAGCAUGAUCAGUUCUUCUGGGGAUUUAACUCUAGCGUUAGCUAAAUUCAUAUAAUAUUAUGCUAAAGACAAUCAAGUCCUCGUGGGGAUUAUUAGCCUGCUUUACUUAUAAUACUUGCUAUAGGCCCAACUCAAUGUUACACAUUUGGCUGGUGUUGCAUUAUUUCUUUCUCAGUGUUUAAUUAGCAAUUAGGUCAACGAGUAUAUCUUUUAUGGCCCUGAUGCAAGAUCUUGUGGUCAUUUGUCUAAUUCUUUCUUUUCAAAAAACAUGUUCCAGCACUUUGUCAUCCUUAAUAAUUGCAAGCUUUCUGUUUGCCACCUCAUUCCCAGAUCCAUGGCAAAGUGGUUGAAGGACUACCUAAACUUCGGCACCAGGCGUGACCCUCCACAGCCCCCGAGGCCAGAUUACAGUGAAAGUGAGAUUUUGAGGGCCUACAGAGCCCAGAAGGAGCUAGAUUUCGAGGACCCAUAUCAACACCCCGAUAAGGAGCAUCAGAAUGGUGGUUUCAGCCCCUGUAGCGCCACAGUGAGCCUACCCUCUUUCCCUGCAUUCGGUUCCGUGCUGCCUAAUGGUGUGGAGGUGAAAGUGGUGUCUCCCAAGCACAGACUUAUUAAAGUGGACUCUCAGGAGUUUGGCUGCUGCAAAGUGCCCCUAAAUCCUGUGACUAUUCAAGAGGAACCUGUGAUUCCUUCUGCCCCAGCAGCGUCGGACUCCGAAACAGACUACUCUGAUCCAUUUGAUGUCCGUCCAGACCCAAGAGGCAGACCACACUGGGAGCCCAAAUCUGCAUCAACAGACUGCUGCAGCUACAUGGAGCCAUUUGAAGCCCAGCGGAUUAUCUCAGAACUGCAGCUCAGCGUUAUGAAUAACAGGUCUGGGAGUGCAGACGGCAGCCAGUUAUACGAUAACCCGUACGAGGAGCGGCCUCGUCACUACCACCGAACUGCUCCAGCAGCACAACAACAAACUCAGAGGGUCGAGGUUGGAUUUGCCCAAAUAGAGAGCAGAGAGAGCAGGCUGCCUCGGGACGAUGAGAGGCCGGCUGAUGAAUACGACCAGCCCUGGGAGUGGAAGAAGGACAACAUAUCUAAAGCUCUGGCAGUUCAGUUUGAAGGGGCAGAACGGGAGCGCUCACGAGCUCAGACAGACCAGACCCGGCUCACCAAGACGGGCACCGCAUCAUCCACAGCUGACUCGGCUACACUCCUGCUGGUUGGUGACACGCCUCCUCUCCUGGGAGAGAGAGUGGAUCCAUCUAUGCCACUGGAGAGACAAGUGUGGUACCAUGGAGCCCUGAGCCGCUCGGAGGCAGAGAGUCUACUGACUCUGUGCAAAGAGAGCUCCUACCUGGUGAGGAACAGCCAGACCUGCCGGAAUGACUACUCGCUCUCACUCAGGAGCUGUAAAGGCUUCAUGCACAUGAAGUUCACUCGGUCUGCAGAGGGGCGCUACGUGCUCGGGGAGAACAGCCCUCCCUUCUCCACCAUCCCCGAGGUCAUCCACUACUACACUACACACAAGCUGCCUAUCAGAGGAGCCGAACACAUGUCCCUACUGUAUCCUGUCAUAGUGCAGACCCUCUGACACUGACGCACUCGCGUACUCUUUCUAUUGGUGCUACUGAAUACAAUAUAUACUCAAUGUUUACCUAUUUCCUUCUUAUUUUCCUACAUGCCUUUUCACCGCCAUUCUACCUGAACUGCCCGCAAGAGAUUGGACUGUUAGGUGCUAUCUUUUCCGUUUAACAUUACCCCAAGAGCUACACUGUCAGCUUAAUAAGAGAGCUCGGUGCCUCAUGAAUAUUCUGGUUGUGUCACUGAAAUCCUCUUAUUUUAAUACCAUGGACUCCUGAGAAUCAGUAAUCAUUGAUAUUAAGAUUGGUAGCUGGAACUUUUAGGUGAAUAUAAAAAGACAAACUCAUGUCUUGAGCUGCCUUGAGACAGGAGAAUCUACAGAAUAUUGCAUGGAGACGUGUCUCUUUUACUGUAGAGCAUAAAUAUACUACACUGCCAGAUCACUUAAAGGAUAACACUGGUGUUGUCUAGGUUGAGUUUUCAACCCAGGCAGCAGUUAUUUCCAUGUGAGACGUGGGGAUUUAAACUAGAUAUAGACGGUAGAAAGUACUGUAACUGCAAACAACACUAUUAUUAUCCUUCAAGUGUUUCAAUAUCAAGCAAACACUCCACAUACUGUGACUGUUAUAUAGCUGCGUAUAACUUCACCGAGUAGCAGACUCCUGCGGUACUAGUUUAGAGAAUAAUAACUGCAGUAUUAUAUUGAAAGUGUUUGGCUUUGUGAUCAUUACUGUUCAAGGAGCUUUGGUAGAUUAUUUACUGUUCUGUUUUAUAAGAAUUUAAAUGUCUUUUGAAAAUAAAAGUGUCUGUUUUUAAA